AUGGCAAAGAAUGUCAAAGCUGCAUCUCUGACUAACUCAAACUCAAAUAAUGAAGAGACCGAUGACUCAGAGGGUGACAGUGAUAAGAAGAAGAAAAAGAAAGUUGGUUUUAGGGACAGAAGGAUCAUCAGCUAUGAAGACCGCAUACGUGCCUACUCAACACCAGACAAGAUCUUUCGUUACUUUGCUACCCUCAAAGUGUAUCAAGAUGGAGAAUGGGAAGUAUACAUGACACCAGAGGAUUUUGUUCGCUCCAUUACUCCAGGAAUUAAACAGCCAGAAGGUCUUGGACUGGACAGUUUUAGAAAGUAUGAUCCAAAUCGCCCUGCCAAGGAUACAGUGGGCAUUUUGGAGCCUGACAGCAUUUUCUACAGCUUGGGUCAGUCUGGCCUCAUCUCAUUCUCAGACUACAUCUUUUUGCUGACAUUACUGUCCACACCACCAAGAAAUUUUGAAAUUGGCUUCCGCAUGUUUGAUUUCAAUGGUGAUGGAGAGGUUGACUUUGAAGAGUUCAGCAAGGUUCAGGAAAUUAUUCGGAACCAAACCUCCGUGGGCAUGAAGCACCGCAACCAUUCAACCACUGGCAGUGUAGAUCAUGGGAUGAGUUCUGCUUUGUCUUCUUAUUUCUUUGGUGCUGAUGGUUCCAAGAAGCUGACUGUCCAAGAGUUUUUGGAGUUCCAGAAACAGCUGCAGCGAGAGAUCAAUAAGAUUGAGUUUAACAGACAUGCAGAAAAUGGUUUACUCUCAGAAAGAGACUUUGGUAGUAUCCUGCUGACUUAUGCUGGACUUCCGGACAGCAAGAAAUCCAGAAUGCUGAAACGUGUUCGCAGGAAGUAUAAGGAGGAGCCAAAGGGGAUUACAUUUGAAGAGUAUUUAGCAUUCUGGACAUUUCUGAAAAGCAUCAACGAUGUCGAUACAGCACUGAGCUUUUAUCACUUGGCCGGAGUCUCUAUUGAUGAGGAAACUUUCAAGCAUGUGGCUAAAACUGUUGCCCUGGUGGAGCUGUCUGACCAUGUGAUUGAUGUCGUGUUCACUUUGUUCGAUGAAAACAAUGAUGGAGAGCUCAGUAACAAGGAGUUUGUGUCUGUGAUGAAGCGACGGGUGAUGCGUGGCCUGGAUCAACCCAAGGACACUGGCUUCGUGAAGCUCAUUAACGCCGUGGUCAAGUGUGCUACAUCAGCCACAAUCUACAGCGAGUAG